AUGGUUAGAACUAAGGUUAAACUUGCCUUCAUUGUCAACGAUGCUGCAAGGAAAGCAGCAUACAAGAAAAGGAAGAAGAGUCUGUUCAAAAAGGUUGUUGAACUUAGCACCCUCUGUGGUAUUGAGGCUUGUGCCAUAGUGUAUGGCCCUUAUGAGCCUCAUCCUGAGAUUUGGCCAUCACCAGAAGGUGUCCAAUCUGUGCUCUCAAAAUUCAUGACAAUGCAUGAGUUCCAGAAGUGCAAUAAAAAGAUGGACCAUGAGACUUUCAUGACACAUAGGGUUUUGAAGGCUGAAGAGAAAUUGAUGAAACAAAGAAAAGAUAAUAGGGAGCAAGAGAUGACAUUACUCAUGACUCAAUGUCUUAAUGAAGGUAAAGUUGUGCACGACAAUUUGCCAACAGAUGAUUUGAGUGAUCUUUCUUGGUUGAUUGACCAUAAUUUGAAGGACAUUGGUAGACGUUUGGAAUCAUCGAGUUUGGCUUGA